UCUUUUUCUUUUUCUUUUUAUUGACAUCAUGGACGCGACUAUACUUCCUUUAGAAUUCCAAUUGUUAUUCAAUUAUAAGCUUGAAGAAGAAGAAGAAGGCGAAAUAUUAAAGAGUAGGAAUAGAAUGCUCCCUGUAUUCAAAGUGGAAUUAAAUCAAGUAUCUAUCUAUCGAUUAAUUCAUCACGAAUAUGACAAACACUAUAUAUCAGCAGGACAAUUAUUCCAAGCCUGUGGUUUGACAAUCACUGAAGGCCUCUUCUUAUUCGAGUUGAAGUUAUCAGAUUUUGAAGUCGAUUUCUUGAAUAGUCAGUUCCCCUUUUGUGACAUUUGGGUAUCUGUUGAGAUGGCCAAAAGUAUGGCAAGUGCUCUUGGUGUUGAUUACGAAUUGAGCCUGUUGCUAGAUAACGCACUAGAUGACUGCUAUUCGAGUGAUAAUGUCAACAGAAACGAAAUGAUGCAUAAUUGGAUCGUGCCUUCUAUACCACACUUGCAAUAUUCGACAAGAGCCUUGCUAGAGACAAGAUUUGAACAGGUCGAGAUGUUAUCGUCCAAUCGGAAGAUACGAACACAAAUAUCGAGGAUGAGACAAAGAGGGAUUGUGAUGAAGGAUAAGACACAGAAUGGACUUGUUCGAUGGCAAGUGACAGCGUAUGAGCAUCAUUUGACAAAGCAGGAUGUUUGGGUUGACUAUGGAUCUAUAUGGGAUUCAAUGCAAGGAUUACUAUUUGAUCUUCAGACACUAAGUCGAGAAGGAAGGCUAGUAAAGAAUGAGCGUGUGUUACCGAAUAAUAUUAUGGUGGGUAAUAUGCCAUUGAAAAGAGAUCAUUUGAAUCAUCAGCAUGGAUUACAGCAAGUGUAUAUAGGAUAUAUGAUUGAAAAGAUGAUGAACGAACUGAAUAGAAUAUCCUUAAAGGAUCAUAAUACCCAACCUAUUGAGAAUAGCACUAGUCAUCAUAUUGUAUUUCAUGACAGGCUAGAUAUGAUUGAACAAGAAUUGUACAAGAUGAAAAAGAAGGGAAAUAAAAGAAUUGAAGAAAUUGAAGUCUUACAGCAAAGAUGUAUUCAACAAUUGAAUGAAAUUAAUAAUUGGAAAAUAAAAUUUGAAAAAACUAGACAAUCUGAACGCAUUUGGAUAUUCUUGUUUAUUCUUUCUGCUCUCUUUAUCGUCUAUUAUUUGUACAAGAUCAAUAUUACUGUUAAAUAAACCUAUUUUUUAUAUCUAUUUGAGC